GUGCAGCCUGCAGCCCUCGCAUUCGGGCGGCACUGGCUGUCUCCGUCACGGAUCGCGAUCUCCACUGCGACUAUUUCCGCAAGGGGAAGGAGAAACGCCGCCACAAUCAGUUAUUUCCGUAACUUCCCCCCCUCUUAAUCCUCCGAGAAUGAGCUCCGGAAAUAAGCUCGUAAAGUGGUGGAUAAAUUCAAGCUAGGCGGCUUGGAGUUUUUCUUUGGUUCGUGUUUCGGCUGAACGACGUUCUCUGCUGGGAUAACAGAAACGCGUUUUGUUCCAUCCCCGACGAAGCCGAAGUUAGUGGGCGUUACCGGAGGUGAGGAUGGAGAACUAGAAAAAUGUGGCUGUGAAUGGUACUUUCGUAGAAUUAUAGAGUUGGAAGGAAGCCCGGGGGUCAUCUAGUCCAAGUCGCUGUAAUUUAAAACAAAGCGUCACCAGAACCAUUUCUGCACUGUGUGUAGAUUGUACAAUAGUUUGAAUCUCCAAGGAAAGCCUUCUGGGGUGGGGACACGAAAACGUCCUGUUUGCAUGCCUAUCCAGGAGUAAAACGCGUUUAGUUCAGUUAUGCGUGUUCCCAGGUAACUAGGUAGGCAAUAGGCACGCUUCGCCCAGAGCCCUCUGUGGGCACUUAAGGCGCGAUCCCAUCCCACUUGUCCGAGAGUGAGCGCCUAAGGACCUGAAUGGGAUUUACUCCAAGGUCCAUCGAGCUAAAGCGGGGCACAGAUUUCCGAGCGAGCCUACCGUCCAGGGCGGGCUUAUGGAGGAAGAGAUCGCCACAAGGGCGCCUUUCCUUCCAAAGAACUAAGCGCCGCGCGGCCCGCGCAACGCUUGGCUUGGGCGGGACUGACGCCGCAUCGACCCGCCGGCCGUUUGCUUGCGGGAGGGAAGAAGUAAGGGCCGCCGCGGCUUCAGUGCUCGCAGUGCGCAGCCGCAGAGGUGCUCGCUUCCUUGUUUCCGCGUAGAAGUGCCCAGUGGCUACUGCGGGCCCCGCCCCCUCGCGGAGCCUCAUUCCGAGCGAUCCGCGGCAGGAAGGAGGGUGACAACGGAGCUAUUCUGGGAGGCACGUGGGCGGCCGCUGGUCUAUUCUGGGUCCGGGGGAAAACAGCUGCCCGAAGCGCGGAGGCGAAGCAAGGAGGGCGGGGUGCCCGGGAGGCAUCUCCCCCAACUGGUGUCUGGGCGCCGGCGCCGCUUGCUUUUCUUUUGCAGCUUUAGCGGAAGGUUUUGAGGGGAGAGAGAAUACAGUGGUACCUCGGGUUAAGUACUUAAUUCGUUCCGGAGGUCUGUACUUAACCUGAAACUGUACUUAACCUGAAGCACCACUUUAGCUAAUAGGGCCUCCCGCUGCUGCCGCGCCACCGGAGCACGAUUUCUGUUCUCAUCCUGAAGCAAAGUUCUUAACCUGAAGCACAAUUUCUGGGUUAGCGGAGUCUGUAACCUGAAGCGUAUGUAACCUGAAGCGUAUGUAACCCGAGGUACCACUAUGCAGCCAGCGCGAAGCUCCCUUUCCCCUUUAUGGAUGUGCAAGAAAGAGUAGGGAUCUUCUCCCUCGAGCGCACAUGGAAAGUUGCGCUUUCAAAAGCCAAAGGUACUCCUGCGCAGGCGCCUGUGCUGGAGGAUCCCUCUAGCAACAAAAUCAAAAGUAGUAGAGUCCCUGUUUGCAGGCUGAGAUUGGAUGGGUUUGGGGACUACUCUCUUGUGGGUUGCACAAAGGGCCUCUCCCUCGAAGGUGAGACGCCUGAGCCCUCCAGACAGAAAAGUUCUAGUAGUUGGCCUAUUUCUCACUCCCCUCCUUUCAACCCCACGGUCAGAAUCCUAAGGCAGGCAUCCCGGAAAUUGUGGGAGAAAAGUGCCCUGGAGACUUGCUGUAUUACCCUAAGUAUAUUUAUUUAGGAGUUAAGCACUGCUGAGCUACUAGUACAGGUAACCUUAAUGAUGCAUUACCUUCUCUUACCAGCAAACGUACAAGUUAAGCAGGCGCUAUAGAGGUAAGGAAGUAAAUGCUUAGGCAGGCUUGGAUUCUUCUCAACACCCUCAAACCCUGCAAAUCGCCCCAGAAACCUUAAUUAAAACGCAGUAAAUCAAUCCUGGAUAGUCUGGUGCACAUGUUGCCAGUGUAUUUACUGUUCUAAGCCAUCCCAUAGCUAGAGAGCACCUUAAUGACCCUAUCCUAGGACAAAUAAUAAUAAUUUAUUAUUUAUACCCCACCCAUCUGGCUGAGUUUCCCCCGCCACUCUGGGCGGCUCCCAAUUGAGUGUUAAAAACAAUACAGCAUUAAAUAUUAAAAACUUCCCUAAACAGGGCUGCCUUCAGAUGUCUUUUAAAGAUAGGAUAGCUGCUUAUUUCCUUGACAUCUGAUGGGAGGGUGUUCCACAGGGUGGGCGCCACUACCGAGAAAAUCCUCUGUCUGGUUCCCUGUAGCCUCACUUCUCGCAAUGAGGGAACCGCCAGAAGGCCCUUGGCACUAGAUCUCAGUGUCCGGGCUGAACGAUGGGGGUGGAGACGCUCCUUCAGGUAUACAGGACCAAGGCUGUUUAGGGCUUUAAAGGUCAGCACCAACACUUUGAAUUGUGCUCGGAAACGUACUGGGAGCCAAUGCAGAUCUCUCAGGACCGGUGAUAUGUGGUCCUGGUGGUACUCCCAGUCACCAGUCUAGCUGCCGCAUUCUGGAUUAAUUAAAGGGAGGCGGAGACUUCUUAUUAGCAUGAGAACCUUGUGAGAGAAGCAGGGAGGGCAAGGGGAGAUUAAACUUUCCUUCAAUUCUUUCCCCUAUUCUGUUCUUCCUCAGUGCUCCUCUCCCAUGCCUAUAAAGGCACAUGCACUUAUAUAAUUUCACUCCUGCAUCAUUCAUACAUGGAGUUUUGCAUCUACACAUUCUCUUGCACACAGCACUUAAGUGCACACAUUUUAGAGCCGUCUCAAAAUAUCAGCAGCUUCAUAACGUCUUGGAAAAGACCAUUGGCCACUUGCAUGUCAGAGUGGAAGAAGUUAAAGUAAUGGCAAAAUAGGAUCCUUGGAAACUUACUCAGAUGGUUUCCUUAAUCACAUUUUCUACAAUUGCUAUUGACGUUUCCAUUAUGUAUGUGCUGGUUUUACAGUGUUGCUCAAAAGCACUUAGCAAUUUUUCUUUCUUUCCUCCAUUUAAAUUAUAAAAUACAGGCAGACGGUGGUGAGAUCAGCUGGUGGAAGCAGGGAUCAUUUCCUUCUCCUUUGAAGGGUGGAGCCAGCAGGAUGAGUCAUCAGGGGGCUGUUCUGCAAGGCUAUAAUAACGAACUUGUGAAACAUAUAGAAGACUUGUACAUGCAAAGAGAAGAAGUGAGCAAGCAGAUCAGGGAAGCGGAAGAGGAAAAGAGUAGGAUCCAGGAUAAAAUCGAGACACUGACAAAACAACUGGAUUGUGUGUGUGAAAACUUAGCACAGAAAAAUGCUGCACAGAAGAAACUUGAUGAAGUUCUUGCCGAAGCAGCGUUGACUUACGAGAAGAUCUUGGAAAGCUCUAGGAUGCUGCUGAACGUUUUGAAAGCCGAAACGGGGAAUUUAGACAAAACGAUAAUGCUAAAUAGAAAUGUGACUGGGGAUAUUCAAACACUUGGGCUCCAACAAACGCAGCACUAGGCUUGGUGAAAAGUUAUAUACAAGAAAUGUCCCUCUUUAAUCUUGUAUUGGUGGGUUUAUUAAUGUUUUUAUUAUGUAUCAAUUGUUACUUUUUAUAAAGAAUAUCAUGGAAGCAAUAAACAAGUUGAAAAUAAAGUUCUUUAAAACUU